AGAACGUGUGGAAAGUGUUGGAACUUUUCCGUUAUGUCAAAUAGCCUGCCCCUCUGUCAACCUGUCGGGGUAAUCUCUAAUAAAGAGUCGGUCGUCUUUACGUGUUCAAAGAAGAUUUACUUAGCCGAAGAGAAGGGGUGAAAGCAUCAGGAAAGCGAGAACGCGAUCUGCCCGUUGUGAGUGAGGCGCGCCUUAAAAGAUACAGAAAAACCUGGAUUUAGCUGGUUUAGUUUUAUUUACUGGCACGUAGCUUCACUAACAGCAACACUUUAGUUUUGUGUCAAGGAGAAAUACCCUCAGACAGCUUCAGGCGUUGCUUAAAACCACCGAAGCACACACGUGUCUGAAGGUUUACGAGAAGAGGACGAAGGACAGAAAAAUUCCCUCACACGAUCGCGAUUAGGAGUCGGCAGGAGCAGUAGGCGUGGGAGCAUGGGGGAUCUAUAGCCUCCUCAGGAGCGGUGGUCCAGAGGACCUUUUGCAUUCAGCGCACAGACAGGCACGGCGGCCUCGUGUAUGCGCAAGUGGCUGCUGCGAUUCUUUGGCUCUCUGAGGAACCUUCCAAAAUCGCAGCUUUAACGUUUUUAUAGGUCUAACAGUGAAGCGGAAGAAUAUUCUGCUUUGCGGUAUUCGGCUGUAAUAUUAUCAUAUAAAGCGCGUAGUGUUCAGCAAUACAUUUCUGUGGAGAACGAGCUAUUUUAGAGAGAGCUGGAAGAAGUACUAAAAAGUGUUGGAACGCGAAAAAAAAACGGUUAGUAUUCUUUUAAAAGUAUUUUAAAUAAUAAAUAAUAAUUUGCUCAAGUAAUUUCCACUCUUGAUCGGUUUUGCCCAGGCAAACACUGUUCUAGUAUACCGCUAGUUUCCGAACCUUUUAUGUUCCCUGCCACUGUGUAAUCAGAAUGAAGGAAGCAAGUGUGUCGAAUAAAUUUACUUGAAUACCAGGACGUGCACCCAUCUACUACUGAAACUAUAUUUGCCUACAUGGAAUAAUGAUCGCCUUUGUCGGGGUAUUUAUAGUUUGGUUUCACUGGGUGCCUACCUUAAUUUCCAAGACAUAGUUUAAAGUGUCUAGUAUUUUUAGUUAUCAAAUAAUGUUUCGGGUGUAACGUUCUCUUUUCCAUGUGGCGCAGGUGCUAUGGAAAGGUCUGUACUCCGGUUUAGCAAAGCGCACACAUGCCUGCUGGCAUUCACGUCUGCGCUCCUGCUGUGCGAGAUCGUGGUUGGCCGUCUCUGCAAGUCUCUUAUUAACACGGUGGACAGUUUUCACACCCUCUCCGUCCUCGUUCGCAUAAUGCUGCACCCGUCACUGAUCCGUGCGGGAGCCUGUGUGACCUCGACUCCCGGUCCCAACGCGUGCGCAGACCCCCGUGAACGCGCGCAGCAGCGUCUACCCGUGAGGGUUCCUGAGUCGGCCCGUAUGCCAUCUCCACACGCAGUCCUACCCGAGGCUGCUGGUACCACCCCUGCUGCGUCCGAGGGGGCCCGGUACAGUGUGCUGCGCUUGCGACCCUUCGGCGCUCUCGUGUCAGAUUUGCUGCUGGCCUGCCUGUGCGUCUCCUUCCUUCUCGAGAUCCUCAGCCAUACGCUGCAGCCGCGUCCGAUAAGGCGCCCUCUCCUGGCCACAGUGGUAGGUGCGGUUAGUCUGCUGUUCAAUGGACUGAUGCUUGUCUGGAGGAGAGGCAGAGGAACAGAUGCAGGAUCUGAUGGGAGCAGCACAAGCCCACCAGCGAUACAGUACAACCAUUUUAAUACCACAAAAAAUAAAGCACACACUAGUGACUCUCCUCGUCAGUCCAGUCAUGCAGAGGACGCCAUCUCCCAUGAUUCCACUGGCUUCCAGGUAUCCCAACAUACCUUUUGUCUGACUGGCCCACGCACCGAGGUGGCCAAUAACAACAUUUGUGUAGGAUGCACCGUACCAUCAGUUAGCUCGAGACCUCCCGCAUCAGGUUGGUGUAAUCAGGAUAGCAGCAGGACUGGGCAGCAGUGGCAGGACAUCAUUUGGCGCACCGUCACCAUGAUCCAGGGUCUGCUAGCUUCAGUCUUGGUUCUGGUGAAUGGCCUGUUGCCGCUCACCCUCGGCCCGGAUUGCCUGCCCUCUCUCUGGGGCUGCCACCUCCUCAUGUACAUGGACCCAGGCUUCUCCACGCUGACUGUGCUGGUGCUGCUGGUUGGGACACUCCCUGAGCUCCGGCGCUAUGGCCUGGUCCUGCUCCAGGCAUGCCCGGCACACGUGCACGCACAGGAGCUGUCCGCUCACGUGGGUCGCGUGUCGGGCGUGAUAGCUGUGCACGAGCUGCACGUGUGGCAGCUCUCUGCAUUGCAGCUGGUGGCAUCAGUGCAUGUGCACUGCCUUUCAGGGCUGGGACCACUGGAGUACUCCGGCCUCCUGACAGCAGUCACAGAUGUGCUGAAAGGCUUUGGCUUGAGCCACUGCACCGUGCAGCUCGAAUUUCUCGAAUCUGCCUCUUCACAAGGGCAGAGCACAAAGACAGCCAUGGCCAACAGUGCGGAGCAGACCCCCUGCAGUUUACACUGUGGGGAGAAGUGUGCUAAGAUGAUGUGCUGCUCACCUCCACAGGAGCAAUCCUGCUCCACAGUACCCUCUAGCAUGGACGUGGAAGUGAAGCAACAGGACAUUGUCGUUGAGAACACAUACUUGUAACUGUAAUGUUUAACGAAAAAUGACUUUGCAGAAUUGAUUACAAGAAUGAAAUGUGAUAAAAAGGUUUAAUUUUUUAAAACUCUUUUUUAGCAUAGCAGAUUUUCUGUCACAAAGCUAUCACACAGAACUAAUCCACAGACUGAGACAAGUCUUUAUAGUCUAUUCUGGAAUUUAAAAAAUAUAAAAUUUCCUAUAAAAUGCUUCAUAUUUCACCAAAGAGAAAAAUGUAAGAAUAUGUUUUAUUAUAUAUCAUUCCAAGGCAAGAUACAGAGGUCUAUGAGAUCCGACGUUUUAGAAUGUAUUAAAAGGAUAUGGUUUUUAAAUGAUAACAUUUGAUACUUGGAAGUGUAAAUGAAGUGUAUUUGGACAAAAUCAAUAACAGUCAAACCAUACAAUUUACAAUUAUUUUCAGCACAGCCAAAUGUAAGUCACAAUUUAUCAAAAAUGUGCCCUGUCCAUCCGUGUGUUGACC